GGGAGGGUGACGAAUGAGUAAAACGGAUGGAUGGAUGGAUGAAGAGGGCGAUGGAAGGUGUGUGAAAGAGAACAGCAACAAAAAACCGGGGAAACUUUAAAAGCCUGGGGGGGAUGUGCCGGGGUGUGGGGGAGGCAAGGUCCAAGAGCUCUAGCUGCUACCGGUAGUGAUAACAGUACGGUAACAGGAGGAAAAUAUUACGGGAGGGAAAGUGGAAGGAAGAUAGCUUGGGGUGCGCAAAACGGCGCGUUGAAGAAUGGUCAACCGUCAACAGCACCUUGCUGCAACAGAUGCUAUUGGUUGUCACAGCGAGCCUCGCCAAGCCGCCAUCACGUCCCAAGACUCCAACCCGGUUCGGGAUAAUAUGCGCAUGGAAAGAGUGGGAAGGAAAGGCUCACAUGAGUUACCUAUCACCGAAUACCAGAUCAUACCAUGCUUGUGGGUUAGGUCAAGCCAAACCCUUGGAACCUUGUGCCCCUUGGUCCGUCCGAAACAUUACAUGCCAUAGAAACACGAAAUAUAAAUAAUAAUAUAAUUAUUUCAAAAA